CUUAGUUGGCAUUUUAUUACUCCUACAACUUGUACUAGUGUGAGGCCUUCACCGGCACUCGAUCUCCACUAAAAAAGAUGAAGCGUUUGUCGGCGGCCUCGCUAUUCUUCCUCGUCCUCGCCGCCGCCUUCUCCGCCGCCGCAAAUGCCUUCAACAUCACCCAAAUCCUCGCCAAGCACCCAGAGUUCUCUACUUUCAACCACUACCUCACCGUGACACACCUCGCCGGCGAGAUCAACCGCCGCAUGACCAUCACGGUCUGCGCCGUGGACAACGCCGGAAUGGCCUCCCUCCUCGACAAGCACUUCACCCUCUCCACCAUCAAGAACAUCCUCUCCCUCCACGUCUUCUCCGACUACUUCGGGUCCCAGAAGCUCCACCAGCUCAACAAGGGCACCACCCUCACCUCCACCAUCUACCAGGCCACCGGUGACGCCCCCGGAACCGCCGGAUUCGUCAACAUCACCACCCUCAAGGGCGGAAAGGUCGGGUUUGCCCCGGAGGACAACGACGGCCACUUCACCUCCACCUACGUCAAAUCAAUCUCCGACGACCCGUACAAAAUCGCCGUCCUCCAGAUCAGCCACCCCAUCAUUUCAGACGCGGCGGAAGCCCCGGCGGCCGGCCCGUCCGACGUGAACAUCACGACCCUGCUGACCAAACAGGGGUGCAAGGAAUUCGCAGAUCUGUUGAAGAGCUCCGGGGCCGAGGAAACCUUCGCCGCAAGUGCCCAAUCCGGGCUAACGGUUUUCUGCCCGGACGACAAAUCGGUCCGAGGAUUCAUGCCGAAAUACAAGAAUCUGACGAAGGAGCACAAGCUAUGGCUUCUUUAUUACCACGGCGUCCCGAUCUACCACUCCCUGGAGAUGCUGAAAUCCAACAAUGGGGUAAUGAACACCCUGGCCACGGAAGGGUCAAACAAGUACGAUUUCACCGUUAAAAACGACGGCGACACCGUGAAUCUUGACACCGCGGUCGUGGUCGCGACGGUCACCGGGACGGUGUACGACCAGGAGCCGCUGGCGGUGUUCAAGCUGGACAAAGUUUUGCAGCCGAGAAAGCUUUUCAAGGCGGUGGCAGAGGAAGCUCCGGCGCCCAAAGGGUCGAAGGGAAAGAAGAAGAAGAGCGCCGACGGAGCGAAAAAAGCCGGGGGCGGAGAAGACGACGCAGAAUCGCCAGGGCCGAGCUCGGACGACGAUGAGUCGGCGGAUGAUACGGCGAGUGACAACAAGAACGGGGCCUCGGCGUUUGUCGGCGGUUGGAUCGCGAGGGUAUUAUUGGGAGUUUGUCUGGCGAGUUUUGUCGUUAUUUCUUGAGGGACCGGCCAGUGUGGCACUUUGUGUGUUUCUUUUUAUUUUU